GAGACACAGAGCACAGAGGAGACUGAUGAGAAAGGACACAGCCUCCACAGGAUCUGCAAGAAAGUAACAAAACAGAACCAGCCCUUACUGAAGAGAGAGAUUAAGCAGCCGCUCUUCCAAAUCCUUCUGCCGGUGAAGUUUUCAAAAAAGCAACAAUGAAGCUGAAGAUCCCAAACCCAGGGCUGGAUGACCGGAUCCCUUCUCACAAGGACCUAGAGAGGAUGGAGACCGAGGAGGCAGGGGACAGGCCCAAGUGGGACAACAAAGCCCAGUAUCUGCUCACAUGUGUGGGAUUCUGUGUGGGACUUGGGAACGUCUGGAGGUUUCCUUACCUGUGUCAGAGCCACGGAGGAGGAGCAUUCAUGAUCCCAUUCCUUAUCCUGCUGGUCUUGGAGGGAAUUCCGCUGCUGCACCUGGAGUUUGCCAUCGGCCAGCGUCUGAGGAAAGGAAGUGUGGGAGUGUGGAGAUCGAUCAAUCCAUGCCUGACAGGAGUUGGCAUUGCGUCCUUGCUGGUGUCAUUUUUGGUCGGCAUGUACUACAACACCAUCAUGGCCUGGAUCAUGUGGUACCUCUUCAAUUCCUUCCAGGACCCUCUGCCUUGGAGCCAAUGCCCCCUCAAUGCCAAUGGGACAGGUCUUGUGGAGGAAUGUGCUCGCAGCACCACUGUUGACUACUUCUGGUACAGAGAGACGCUGAACACCUCCACAGCUAUUGAUGAUGCUGGAGGUCUGCAGUGGUGGAUGGUACUGGCUCUGGUCGCUGCAUGGACGCUGCUUUAUGUUUGCUGCAUCCGCGGAAUCGAGACGACAGGAAAGGCUGUCUACGUCACCUCCACUCUUCCAUACCUGGUCCUCACUAUUUUCCUCGUCAGAGGGCUGACUCUGAAAGGAUCUCUAGAGGGGGUCAAGUUUCUCUUCACUCCUGAUGUAAAUGAGUUAAUGAAUCCAGCGACGUGGCUGGAUGCUGGAGCUCAAGUGUUCUACUCCUUCUCCUUGGCUUUUGGCGGUCUCAUUUCCUUCUCAAGUUACAACUCUAUCCACAAUAACUGUGAGCAGGACGCCGUUCUCAUCUCCAUCAUCAACGGCUGCACGUCUGUGUACUCUGCAACUGUCAUCUACUCCAUCAUCGGCUUCAGAGCCACAGAAAAAUAUGACGACUGCAUGGACCACAACAUCAUGACGCUGAUAAAUGCCUUCAACUACCCUGAAAGCAGCAUCACACAAAGCAACUACGAUGAAGUUUUCAACCACCUCAACACCACAAGUCCAGACACCAUUGCUAGACUGACCUUUGAGGAAUGUGACAUGAAACAGUUCCUCAGUCAGGGAGUGGAGGGAACCGGUCUGGCCUUCAUCGUGUUCACAGAAGCCAUCAUUAAGAUGCCCAUUUCCCCUCUCUGGGCUGUCCUCUUCUUCGUCAUGCUCUUCUGCCUCGGUCUAUCCACCAUGUUUGGCAACAUUGAGGGAGUUGUGGUUCCUCUGCAGGACCUCAGACUCCUGCCCCGAACAUGGCCCAAAGAGGUUUUCUGCGGUCUGACUUGCUUGAUAUCUUUUGCUUUGGGCCUCAUCUUUGCCCUGCGCUCCGGAAACUACUGGCUGGCUCUUUUUGACAACUUUGCCGGCUCCAUUCCUCUCCUGGUCAUUGGAUUCUGUGAAAUGAUCUCUGUCAUCUACAUCUACGGGGUAGACAGGUUCAACAAGGACAUUGAGUUUAUGAUCGGCCAUAAGCCUAACAUAUUCUGGCAGGCGACGUGGAGGGUGAUCAGCCCCCUCAUCAUGGUCUUCAUCUUGAUUUUCUACUUUGUAACCCAAGUCAGCAAGAGCCUCACCUAUUUGGUGUGGGACCAGGAGGCGGAAAAUUUCCCCAUUCUUGAACCAACUCCGUACCCCUCCUGGAUCUACAUCAUCAUCUUCAUCCUGGCCGGGAUCCCCAGUCUGUCCAUCCCACUGUUCGCUCUCUACAAAGUCAUCCAGACAAAAUGCUGCAAGAAGAAGGACUACGAUGAAGAAAAACUGGAAACCAUCUCUGGCAAAAUACAAAUGGAUGACAAAAUGAAGUUUUAGAUUGCUCUACAAAAGUGACAAAAGGACUUUUGUUGUAAAAUGUAUAGCCUUUAUGCUGACGAUAUGCUGUUGUCUCUCUAAUGCCAAAGAUAGUGACUAUUGAGGUGUAAAGAAGUAAAUUUAGAAGUAUUUUCCUGUAAAGUACUGUAGAAAUAAAUGUAUUUUCUGUAAAAUAAUGUGGUUUUGGAUAACAAAGUAAUUUUUAAUGCUUUUCUUACUACUGUGAUAUUCACUUUCUA